GGCGCGGCCUCCCAGGCGCUGAGGAGGGGUUAGCGCAGAGCCGUUCGGAAGCCCUCGUACAGCCUCGGACCAGUUCGGGCAGACUCGGCUCCGCACUUCGGGCCGCUUCGGCCCUCCUCGGUUCCGGACUCUCGGCCGUCGGCGGAGCUCGACUGGGCCGCUUCGUGCCGGUUCGGCCCCUGUUCGGGCAGCCUCGGCUCGGCGGCGCGGGAGGCUUCGGGCAGGCUCGGCUCGGCUCGGCUGGCAGCUUCGGGCGGCCUCGGCCCGGCUCGGCUCGGCUCGGCCCGGCUCGGGCGGCCCUCCUCGCGCUGCGCGCUUCGGGCUCCGUCCCGGCCUUCGGGCGGCCCCGGCUGGCGCCUUCGGGCGGGCUCGGCGGAGUCCGGAUGGAGGACUCGGACUCGGCCGCCAAGCAGCUGGGCCUGGCCGAGGCGGCGGCUGUGGCGGCCGCCGCCGCUGUUGCGGCGGCGGCCGCGGCCGCGGCAGGAGGCGAGGCGGAGGAGCCGGUGCUCAGCAGGGACGAGGACUCGGAGGAGGACGGAGACUCGGAGGCAGAGCGCGAGACUCGGCGGGUGACGGCCGUGGCGGUGAUGGCCGCCGAGUCCGGGCACAUGGACAUGGGUGCCGAGGCCCUGCCGGGUCCCGACGAGGCCGCCGCGGCCGCAGCCUUCGCAGAGGUGACCACUGUGACCGUGGCCAACGUGGGCGCCUCUGCAGACAACGUCUUCACCACGUCGGUGGCAAAUGCCGCCUCACUCUCGGGACACGUCCUGUCUGGCAGGACAGCCCUGCAGAUCGGGGACAGCCUGAACACAGAGAAGGCCACGCUGAUUGUUGUGCACACGGACGGGAGCAUCGUGGAGACGGCGGGGCUGAAGGGGCCAGCUGCACCUCUCACUCCAGGCCCUCAGUGCCCUCCGACUCCUGCAGCUCCCGGCCAGGAGCGAGGCGGAACCAAAUAUAACUGGGACCCCUCGGUGUACGACAGCGAGCUGCCCGUGCGCUGCCGGAACAUCAGCGGCACGCUGUUCAAGAGCAGGCUCGGCUCAGGCGGCCGGGGCCGAUGCAUCAAGCAGGGGGAGAACUGGUACAGCCCGACCGAGUUCGAAGCCAUGGCCGGAAGAGCCAGCAGUAAGGACUGGAAGAGGAGCAUCCGCUACGCGGGCAGGCCGCUUCAGUGCCUCAUUCAGGACGGGAUCUUAAAUCCUCACGCUGCCUCAUGCACCUGUGCCGCCUGCUGUGACGACAUGACCCUGAGCGGCCCAGUCAGGCUCUUCGUCCCCUACAAAAGGCGCAAGAAGGAGAAUGAGCCGCCUGCGACCCCCGUGAAGAAGGAGCCCCCCAAGAACAUCACGCUGCUUCCCGCCACCGCCGCCACCGCCUUCACCGUGACCCCCUCAGGACAGAUCACUACCUCGGGCGCACUGACCUUUGACCGGGCGUCCACCGUGGAGGCCACCGCCGUCAUCUCAGAGAGCCCGGCCCAGGGCGAUGUCUUCGCGGGAGCCACGGUGCAAGAGGCAGGCGUGCAGCCCCCGUGCAGAGUCGGCCACCCGGAGCCGCACUACCCAGGGUAUCAGGACAGCUGCCAGAUCGCACCCUUCCCGGAAGCAGCACUGCCAACGUCUCAUCCCAAAAUAGUGUUGACCUCCCUGCCGGCCUUGGCCGUCCCACCCUCCACCCCCACCAAAGCCGUCUCCCCCUCGGUGGUCAGCGGGCUGGAGAUGUCGGAGCCUCGGAACUGGCUGUACCUGGAAGAGAUGGUCAACUCCCUGCUCAGCACGGCCCAGCAACUGAAGACACUGUUCGAACAAGCCAAGCAGGCCAGCUCCUACAGAGAAGCCGCCGCGGCCCAGGCCAGAGUCCAGGCGGACGCAGAUCGCAAGGAGCAGUCUUGUGUGAACUGUGGCCGCGAGGCCCUGAGCGAGUGCACCGGCUGCCACAAAGUCAACUACUGCUCGACCUUCUGCCAGCGCAAGGACUGGAAGGACCACCAGCACGUGUGUGGCCAGUCGGCGGCUGUCACCGUCCAGGCGGACGAAGUCCACGUCACUGACAGCGUGAUGGAGAAAGUCACCGUGUAAGGGUCCCUGGGUCCCCUCUCCACGGUGCCGCCGGGCUGCCGCAGGUCGGGGACUGAGGAGGAUGCUGAGGAGGUGAAAACGCUUGCUGGUCAAGUUGUUAACAGACUCUAAGUGACCUGCGCCCUUGGAAAUGAGCCCCUGCUGCCCAGAAGCCCUGAGGGAGGUCGGGGCAGCGGCUGGACGCCGGCCCCGGGCCCUUGGCGCCUGCUCUCGGUGCUCUUUUUAUCCCCUGGUCUUCCCCACGGGUGUGUCGUGUGCCGUAACACGCGUGUACAUAACGUGUCUGUCAAUAAAGCGGACGUCUCUGCCCCACCGGA